GAAAGGCCUUUACACUUCUUUAACUUCACUCUUCUGCAGGCAGAAGUGGGGAAGCCCCAGAGAAACUGCUACACCCUGCCAGGCUUUGAUUUUUCAUACGGGCUGUACAUCCACAGGACAGAUGGAGGCGUCCCUGAAGCAAUAGGCCACUGGAACACAAUAAAGCCCAGGCCUGCUUUAGUUCAGGAGAUGCCCCGAGACUUCAUCACCAUGAACCGUGGUGCUCUCAAGGCCGGUUAUACCACAGCCCGUGAAUUUAAUUUGUAUUACAAGGCCAAGGAUAUUCGGCGCAAAGAUGGAGAUUACAGUUACUUCAAGAGAUGUCCUUCUAAAGCGCCUGCAGACUUGACUUAUGGCAUCACAGCACGGCCUUGCACUCCCUUUUUUGACCUCCUCCAACACAAAUACAAGGAGCUGUGGAUGGAGGAGCAGAGAGCCCUGACAGCAGCCCAGCGAGCAGAAAAGAAAAAGUCACAGAAAUACAAAGCGCGUGAAACUCGCACCACGUUUCUGCGAAAACACCCACUACCUGCAAAGGAGGAGUCCUUCUGGCACCUGCCCCACUUGGAGAAGGUUGGGCCUCAUCUCAGUACUUUUCCAGACCGUGACGCUCGCAAAAAGGCGUUCAGUGCCUCCCGUUGA